AAGCAACUGACGUUCUUCAAAUGAUUACACCGAACUAAUGGGGUAUUUCAGCCGGCACUAAAUUUUCUGAGGUCCAGUUACUGGUAGCUCAGACGAAAAACCUCAGCAAGAAUGAGGGGCUAUUGGGCCGUGGCCUUUCCCUUGCUGUGCAGCCUCCUCGUCUCUACCAGUUACGCCUAUUUGACUUUGCAACGGAUUCCCAAUGCAGCCGAGCAGGGUGCACGAUGUUUGGAUGGAUCCGAUGCCGUGUACUACAUGUAUCGGAAUACGGAGAGUACUCGUUGGGUAGUUCAUCUGGAGACGGGUAUAGCCAGUUGCUUGGGUCCUGGUGCAGAGUUCUGCAGUCUACUGCGGAACCCAACACAGGGAGGUACAUCGGAAGGUGCGCCAUGCGUCCUGCCCGAAAUCCAGUCGGACCGGCUCAGUGACGUGGGUGUGCUCGUGUCCUCCGACAAUACUCGCAAUCCAGAAUUCUUCCGCGAUAAUCGUGUGUUCAUCCCGCAUUGCUCCGCAGAUAACUUCGUUGGUCGAAACCUGAACGGAAGCCUGUACGGAGGUGGUCUGUAUUUUGGCGGUUUCAACAUCGUCAGAGCUGUUGUCGAAGACUUACUGAACAAUCAGGGUUUGUAUAGUGCCAGCGAGGUGUUGUUUGGAGGUGCAGGCAUGGGUGUUGUGGCUCAUACAGAUUGGUUGCGAGGUAGACUCCCGAAUUCAGUUUUUCUGGCUGUCUAUACUGAUGGACUUGGAAUUCCUACUUUCCCGACGUUCACUGAUCUCCAACCAAUGAUCAAUGAAAGUAUUAGCAGAGGAGAUCAAGCUGAAUUCAUCAACAACUUCACAGUGCCAACCGAUUUGCAAAACUUCAACGGGAUUUACUCCCUUUACGCCACAUUGUCCGCCCUGAACCCAUACAUACCCGAGAGAUGUGCCAAUGAUGACAACUUCACGUUUUCUGGAUUGGAAUGCUACGAUGUCCCGACUGGAAUUCGUCUAGGGUUGGCUUCAAAUAUUCCUGUGUUCAUGUUUGCCUCGGUAUGGGAUACAUCCGUAUUGGCGUCAUACCUUGGCUUACAGCGGUACACGUGUGCAUCUGAAACUGGACUGCUAAGUGAAGAGGAGAGAGUGUAUGUGACCAUUUUAGGAUUGAACAAUUAUAAUCGACUUCAGCAAACCUAUGAGCAACGUGGAAGCCAAAUAAUCAGCAUUCUUGCUGCCAACUGCUUCACCUACUCGUUCCUGGAGGACGAGCUGCUAUGUUCUCGGACUGGUGGAAGAUCUCCAUACGAAGCACUGCAGCUGUUCCUCGCCGCAGCCCAAAUCAGUGGUGAGAGUUUGACUGUACUUGGUAUAACUAACCCAGCCACUUUGACAUGUUCAGAGUAUUGUGGAGCUAGUCAAUGUUCGUGGGGUGGUAAUAUGACGAGACCCGCAGACACGCCGAGCAGCUGUGGCAGUAGAUUGGACGGCUUUGGUCGUUUCCGGACUGGCAUGGCCUGCCCCGGUCAGGUCCUGCCCGCAUUCGCCCAGGCGAGCGUCCCGGCUAGUACCAUCACACUGUUUCGGACGGUAAACGCCACUGCCCGCAACGCAGUAUGCCUGGAUGGCUCGCCAGCCGGAUACUAUGUUCAUCGCAAUCUGGCCAGCCCUAACUGGAUUAUCCACGUCCAGGGUGGGGGAUUCUGCAGCAGCUUUCAAGAGUGUCAGGCACAGUUGGGCAAUGGCUUUGGAACAUCCAGUGUCUGGGCAUGCUCACUCCCGGGCAAUGAUCGUGAUGGACGAUACGCACCCCUCGCAGAUACUGUCAGUCCGUUUCCUCGCUUCAACCCCGAGUUCAGUGGCUGGAAUCGUGUGUAUAUUCGCUACUGCACGCAAGACUUCCACCUUGGUCAGCAGCCUCAGGCCUCGAACCCGUUCGGUGUGAACACAGUCGGCGCGUAUGGCUUGCAGGCUGCCCUCUACGAUCUACAGGACUUUCACGGUCUGUUGGACGGUAACGUCAUCAUUCUGGGUGGAACGUCAGCAGGUGCCGUGGGCGUGCAUAGCCGCAUUGACGAGUUCCGCGAUCGCAUCAACUCGAUCCGAGCUCAAGUUGGAAGAGCGCCGGCAACUGUUCUCGGCUACUCAGAUGGUGGCUGGUUCCGCAGAGCACCAAACCUGCUGGACUUUGCCAACAACCCCACAACGGCAUUUUCAAACCCGGAGAAUAGUACGCUCAUCACCGGGUUACUGACCCUCUUCGCCGGAGUGUACAAUGCCUAUCAUGUUCCUGCAUGCCAGGCAAGCAGGUUCGCUGCGUUUCCACUGUUUGGCGGUCACGACUGUGUGAACGCCGAGUUCUUGUACCCAUUCAUACAGACACCCAUGUUCACCAUUGCUAAUCACUGGGAUCUGAGAGAGCUCGUGCCACGUAUUGGGACCGAAAGAUUUAUCUGCGCUUCGGUUACUAACCGGAUCUCCAGUCUGGAGCGAGCCUUUAUCAAUCAGUAUGGUCUUUACACUGAGUCAUUCACUGGAGUAUUCACAACUGACUAUGAUGGGUUCUUUUUUCCAACAUGUCUUGGUCAUGCUCAUUUUGAGUUCGCACCAGAACUCAAUAUUUUCCCGCCGUGUGACGCAAUUAAUGGAGUGAGUGCGUAUUCGGCGAUGACAGAGUGGGUCAGGUACAGGGUUGCAAACAGUAGUGUGCAGACCCGUUUGUUCGGAUCUGUACCGAAUGGUCUGCAAUGCGAUGCCAGCUGUCUGGCCACUCAGUGUGCGUGGGGCCGGACCGAGGACACGACGAACACCAGCUGCCCCAAUCUCACCCCCGCCCAGCUUGAGUUCAACCAGUACUUCCAGGGGCAGCCCUGCCCGGACGGCCCUUCCUCGACCGUGCCUCCCACCCCGGUUACCACCCCUCCUGGAGUGCUACAGGCCUGCCCAGAAGUCGAAGCAGCGUUGAGCAAUGCUGAGCGCUAUCGUAUUCUUCAGGACUGCUGGUCCCGCGUGUAUUCAGAGUACUCGCGCACGUUUGAGAAUUACAUCAAUAAUCAAUGUGGUUCGCAGUGAAACACUACUGCACAUACCUUCCCUCUUUCAAUGCGUUUCCUUUUUUUGUAAACUCUGAAAAACUCUUUCCAUAUAUUUCUAUGUAGUAGUCAUGCUUAAACCAAUGAUCCCUCUUUUGGUCACAAUGUACAUGUGCAUUUGAAUAGCUCUGUCCUUUUUCAGCUGCCAACCUUUCAUAUUGCACUUACGUAUCGAUUUACGUGUAGCACAUCACCCA